ACUCAGCCACCGCGUUACACCUGACACUUCAACAAGUACGGGAUCUUAUUUCUGAAGCGAGGGGAUAGUCCUUAAACUCCCGACAGCCGAUUUCGCGGAUCUAUAACUCGCAGCCAUGAUUAAGAAAAUGUCUCCUUCAGAGAACGAGUUUGACAUCCCAGCGAAGAAUUGCUACAGAAUGGUCAUUCUGGGCUCCACUAAAGUUGGCAAGUCGGCAAUAGUGUCCCGGUUCCUUACCGGAAGGUUUGAUGACCAGUACACACCAACUAUAGAGGACUUCCACAGGAAACUUUACAGCAUCAGAGGAGAUGCUUACCAACUGGAUAUUCUGGACACCUCUGGAAAUCAUCCGUUUCCUGCUAUGAGGAGACUGUCUAUACUGACAGGUGACGUCUUUGUCCUGGUUUUCAGUCUGGACAACCGAGAGUCGUUUAACGAAGUGCAGCGCCUGAAGCGCCAGAUCUACGAGACUAAGUCGUGCCUGAAAAACAAGACUAAGGAGAACAUGGCCGUGCCGCUGGUGAUCUGCGGGAAUAAAGGAGACCGCGAGCUCCAGCGCGAGGUGGCGCGGGAGGAGAUCGAGCAGCUUGUGGCCGGAGAUGAGCAAUGCGCGUACUUCGAGAUCUCCGCCAAGCGCAACACCAACGUGGACCUGAUGUUCCGCCAGCUUUUCGCCAUGGCCAAGCUGCCCAACGAGAUGAGCCCUGACCUGCACCGCAAGGUCUCAGCGCAGUACUGCGACAUGCUACACCGCAAGUCCUUUAAGGGCAAGAAGCCGAAAGACUGCGACGCGUACGGUGUGGUUGCGCCUUUCGCGCGCCGCCCCAGCGUGCACAGCGACCUCAUGUACAUCAAGGAAAAAGCGGUCGGCGGCCCCCAGAGCAAGGACCGGUGUGUGAUCAGCUAAGAGCGUCACUUCGAACUAUGAAAAUACUUUGGAUGAAACACGGUUGUUGAACUGCACGCCGGACGGAAGCGCACGCGAAUGGAGAGGCAGAGUGCAGAUGCACGCGGCCUAAACCGUGAGCUGGCCGCCCUGUGACCGCGCGCUUCAUUAAACCCGCGAGAGUGUUGGCUGUGUCCGGUUCCCUCAGAGCGCUCGGCAGUCUCGAUUAGCUUCUCCUGAGAAAAUAGUGCUUGUUCCAUCUGCCUUUUUCAAGAUGUGGUGAAAGACGACGUGCGCGCAGAGCUGCACUGUUAAAUUACCUGCUAGUGUUUACAGUUUUUUAAUGUUUUAUAAAAUAAAUGUUAACUUUGCUUUUUGAACAAACUGUUGUGAAUGUUUAUUUAUUCUUUCUAUGACUGUAAAUGUGGAUUUUUUGUUUGUUUUUUAAAGAAAUAAACAAACUGUUAAAUGAAUACAUCCCUGUUUUACUCCAGUCAUUAGGUUACUCCUCAGCAGGGGGUUUAGUCCAUAUGUCCUCUUCAGUUUCUCAACACACACACACACACACACACACACACACACACACACA